AUGUGUCGUUUAUUAUUUAUAUUAAUAUUCCAUUGUACGCUAUGGAUGUGGAUCACCGCCUUUGCAGUGCACUUCCAUGAAAGUUAUCCCAGUUACCGAUUGAGUUCGGACUUGGAUGCGGAAUCGAUGCGACUCCACAAACGUGAUAUGCAGCAAUUCUUCGAUAAAGCCAGCUAUAGCUUCAAUGGUCUAGUGCGUAUUGCCUCGGUGCCGGUGCCCUUUCCCCUGGAUAUUUGCAUGCUGCAGCUGCCCACAGUCAAGUAUGCGACAGCGUUGCACAAAGAUGCGACGGGUGAGCGACAUUUUGCCGUUUAUGUGUGGCGUGAGGCUGAGAAGGAUUACGCACUGCUGCAUGAGCAGGCGGCACCAAGGGCUGUGGCAUUGGACUGCCUUAGCUAUGCCGGUCUCGGCUAUGUGGCACUCAGCUACAAUCACACCGAGCCCGUGGAUCAGGCCAGUGAUGGGUCCCCCAUCUACGAGUUGUCGCCGGACAGAAGCAUGCGAACAGUUCAAUACUUUGCUGAGUUGCGAUUGCGUGGCAUGUACCUGAGGAUUAGCAGCCAGGAGUUGACACUGCUGCAGGCUUAUGAAGCUGACAGCAGCAGCAAGAGGCAGCAGCGUUGCCCCUACUUUAAGUGGAACGGCGGCACAUUCCGACGCCUCGGCUCUAUUCCCUGCAACAAUGCCCGACGCCUGGAGGCAUUUGGCAUUGACUUUGCCGACUUUGUGGCGGUGGCCAACUAUGCGAACGCCAAUGGACGCACCUCGACAUACUCGGAAAUCUACAAGUACGAUGUUAGUGCACGACGAUUUGAACUCUUUCAACGACUGCGCUCCAAUGGCGCCGUCGAUGUCAAGUACUUUAGCCUCCCGGUGAACGAAGUGAGUCGACGACACUUUUUAAUACUUGGCAAUACGGUGGCAGGUGGUGGCAACGGAAUUGGCCGGGCCAAAAGUGGAACACCUGAGGAAGCGGACACUGUGAUCUAUGUCUAUGACAAAGGACAAUUUGUGCCCUAUCAGCGCUUGAGUUUCUAUGCUUUGGAACGCUUCCUACCCGUCACGCAUGUAAUUUCAGAGAAAUUUCUGCUUUUGGUGGCCUGCAAUAAGCAGGAUGUGAAAAUCUAUAACCUUAACGAUUGGAAAUUCGAAGAGUCAACGGUGCAGUUUACCGAGGGCGCCUUAAGUCGAGGCGUGGCACGCAUGCGCAGCUACGUGGAGAAUGAGCAAAGUUACUUGGUUAUUGCCAAUGAAAAUAUGGCCGCCAACGAAACAAACAUAUUUCAGCCACUCUACAAGCAGGACGAACAUGCCAAUGUCCUGCGACAGGAAAUCAUCGACUGGGCACGCGAGCAAACAAAGCGAUUGGAGAACAUGAAUGUGGAUCGAUUAUUUAAAGCUUUGCAGAAAAAGCUCAAGGAUCGGAAUCAGAAAGUGCGAGAUAUCCAUGUAAAACGUGUGAACACGAAAUCUUUCGUAGAUGUGCAACAGCACCUUUCAACAAACUAUUGGGAUGCCUUGCGCUAUGCAAAACGGGCUCUAGAUCUACUAGAUCAGCAUGCAGCUGAGGCUCAACAUCAACCAGUAAAGCGAUCUGUCAAGUCGCAGCAGAAGACGGAACACAAAUUCGAUGAGAUAACAGUGGGCACUCUGUUGGUGCACGAGAAGUUGCAAGCAAAACGCAUUAAUGGAAUCGUCCCAAAAAAUCCCACAUAUGAGCUAGUUAAAGCGGACAAUGUUUACGUUAGUGAGAACUUAAUGGAAGCGACCGGAGAGGAACAGCAACGUCCUGUCAUAGGAGAGCUGAACUUGCAGGAACUCCAAAUUGAUGGCAGUCUCAAUGGCCUCAACUGGACGCAGCUGUCGGAACAAACGCUUAAGCGUCGGGGCAGUGAAGUGCAGUUCAUAAAAGCUCACGUGGACAUUAGCAACCUAAAGGCGGAGGCGAUUAUGGUCAAUAGCAAUGAGAUUAACGAUCGUCCAGUCAGUCAGCUGAUAUCCAUCGAUGGGGGUGAUUAUAUUGUGCAACAAGAUGUACAAUUCGCUCAGCCCAUUGAAGUGAACAAGCUGCAGAUCAAUCAGCGUCUGAAUCAAAUACAUGUGAACAAGCAAAGCUUUGAUGUGUUGCUCCAUGAAGCGAAUCAUACGCAGAUUAUUGAGGGUGCCAAACAAUUCGAGAAUAUCCAUGUACUGGAGCCCAUCACCAUUGCGGGUCAAUUACGUGGAGCUGAGCUGCGUGCCAUGUCGCCCAUGAAAGUUACACAUCAGACAGUUCAGCUGCAGGGUGACUUUGUAAUCAAUGCAGAUGUGACCAUUGGGCAGCUGCUUCAAGUGCAGGAUUUACUCGAGGCAUCGAACAGCGUGGGUCCAUCCACAACCAUGACAUUGCAGCAGGCGUUGCGAGUUGACCAACAACUGGAUGAUAUUAAUCUGCGUUUCGAGAAACAGUUAAAUGCCAAUGAUACGCAACUGAGCUUCAUCAAUGCGCUGGACUUGCAGCAGCUAGUGCAGCUGAAUGUGGAUGAAGUGCAAGUAGUCGAGGGUGCCAAGCUAUGGCCACAGAGUUUAACAAUACUGAAAGGCUUUGGCGAGGUUAACACAUUGAAUGGCAUUGCUGUGGAUCAGCUGUCACAGCAGCUGCUGCUUAAGAGUAGCAAUCAGAGCCUCAGAUUUCCCAUGCAACUUUCCAGCAUAGACGUGCCUCAGCUGAAUGCCACAGAACUACAGUUGAAUCAACUGAAAUUUGACGAUUACAUGCGACGCACUGGCGACCAGCACAUCAAUAGCAACUUGUAUGUGAAUGAACUACACGCUGACCAGGUGAAUGUGCAGCAACUUCACAUGCAUGGCACGCUCUUUGGCCACCACCUGGAAGAGCUCUACGAGCAGGGAGCACAACGACUGCGCAGUUGGCAACUGCCAAGCAACUUCAAUGGCACUAUCCAUGCACGUAACGUGUGGCUGAAGGGGCACAUCAAUAAUGUGAGCAUUGCCCAACUGGAGCAGCAGCUGCAGCAACUGGCAGGCAACAUUAAAUACGUCGGGGACUUCACCUUUCGCCAUCCUGUCAACAUUAGCGAACUGAGCUUUAGUGGCUCUUUAAAUGGUAUUCAGGCACAGCGUUUUGGACAUUGCUGGUUAGAGACAAGUGGCGAUCAGCAGUUCAUAGCAAGGCAGACUGUGGCUGGUGUGGCAAGUGAGCAGAACGUUGUGCUCCAGGGCAAAUUGAACAACUACACGUUGGAACAGCUGCUCGGCGAUACUUAUAGAUUGAAUGGCUCGGAGCAACUGCAAGCUGUGAAGUUUGUUAAUCCAAUUGUGCUUUCGCAUUCAAUUAAUGUGAAGCGUGUCAACGGACUACGAAUACCAGAAGACAUGAUGUACACACAAGUUGGAGGCUUCCUGCCAGUUCCCGUCCAGAUUAACGGCAAUCUUGUUGCCUCCUCGCAACUAUGCAACGUGAGCAACCUGAAUGGCUUUCAUCUGCCGGCGCUAUCGCGUUAUUUAAGCGGCGAUGCAGCCUUGAAUACGCUGCACGUCGAGCAGGCGCAGUUUGGCGGGAUUCCCCAUUAUGAGACGCUGAAUGGUCGACGAUUAGAAAAUGUGUUGAAUGAGAUAUGGCUGGACAACGAACAUGUGGAAUUGAAGGGCGUACAAUUGGACAAUGCUAGCUUCGAGGGACUGUUGGAGUUUGAGGGCACUCUUAAUGGUCUGCAUGUGGAGCAUAUCGGGCAAAAUUAUUUCAGUCGAACGCGCAGUCAGCGCCUCGAUGUGCCAAUAAGUUUCAAGCAUGACGUCACUUUUGCACAACCGCUGGCAGUGAAACAAGUACAGCUACUACGUGUCAAAGAUGGCGCACUUGUUGAGGGCAUAGGCAACGGCUCGCUAGAUUUGAAUGAUUUCGUGUCAAACACAUUAAAAACUGCCGGAGUACACAAUAUAACAGGAAAAUGGAAUAUACCGGAUUCGAUAGUCCUGGGUGAUUUGAAUAAUGUGUUAAUAAAUCAAUUAAAUUUAGUCAAUGAUGUUCUGCGUAAUGAUACAAACGAAGUGUCUGUGAUCGGUGCACCCAAAACUGUUGACACCGCCACCAUCCAACGGCUUUUUGCGACAAAUGCAAGCACUGUUGCCAAAGUGCCCGUUGCACAGUGGAUCAAUGAUUCUGUGUAUAUAUAUGGAAAUCAUAGCAUAUCUGGUAAAACGAUGAUAUACACACUGAACCUCUAUAAUGAUCUGGAAGCAAGGGGAACUGUUAAUGGCAUUCGCUGGCAAUCAGACGAGCUGCUGCUUUGUGAUCAGGCACAGCAAAUAGCAGGCUCAUUGCUGAUCGAUAACACGCUACCCCAUGACAAUCGAAUACUGAGCAAUAACAUUAAAGAACUCUGGGUAGAUCAGAUCAAUGGACUGAUGGUCGAAGAGCUACUAAAGAACAAGGCGCAUAAUCGACCCAAUCUCCAUGUUGCUGGUCAACUGAUUUUCACAAAGCCACUUGCCGUUGCAAACUAUGAACUGGGCGAGAUGGCUGCUAAUGGCAACAAGUGGAAGCGUGGUGCAAGCUCAUAUGCUGUCGAGGAUUGGCAGCAGCUCGGUCAGCACGUGGCUGCAGUGCAGCAGCGCCUCAAAGAACCAUCGUUUGUGUUGGAGAACUUUAAGUUGUUGCAACAAAUACCGCUGAAUGCGACCCAAGUGGAGGUAAUGAGCCGGAAUACAUUGGCCAUUUGGCACACAAACAGUAAAGGAGUGCAGCAAGUCGAUAUCUUUGAGUGGCACGAAACAGACGGAAGAUUUAGGCACGAUCCAACCGCCUCUCAACUAAAAUUAUUGACAGCACAGGAGAAAUGGAGACAACGCUUUGGGCAACUGGCGCAUAACUCGACAUACAUCUGCCUCUUGCAGAUGCAGUCGCUAGAUUGUCUGGCCACCCAAAGCGCCAACGAAGCACUUGUCAUCCAAUGUCUCGGAAACGAUGACAGUAUCGAGUCCCGGCAUGUGAUCUCAACACGGAAAGUGAAACAGUUGGUAACGGUCGCUAAUAACAAGGAUUCGAUUGUGGCGCUGCUUACAUACAAUGCUGUGGAAUUAUGGCGACUAUGCACCAAUGGCAGCAGCGAGUUGCAGCAAAGAUUGCCAUUGACGCAAGCUAAGCAGAUAGCCGUUGCUCGACAUCAGAAGCAAAAUUACUUGGCCAUUCUUACUGCAUCACCAGCAGCCGGCAUUCAUAUUUACAGGUCUGACAACUUUAUCGAUUUCCAGUUGCAACAAGUCUUUGAUUUGGAUGCAACGUCUGAACAACAGCGUCAGCUGAGUUUUGUGCAGCUACAGCAAUCGCAGGAUCUCCUGCUGUGCUUAUCCAAUGCGUCGCCGAUGCAUUCGUUGCGCAUUUAUCAGUACAAUGGCAUUGCCGGUUUCCAGCAGAUUCUUGGAGAUACCACUUUGCCAGUGGCAAAAUUUAUGAAGCCAAUUGAGAUGCCUUCGAAACGGCAUCAGCGGUUGUUACUGAUGCUGGUCAAUGAUGAGCAUGGCAUCUAUGUGGUGGCUCCACAGUUCACUAGGCUCUAAGCCACAAAAUUGGUUGUUAAAACUUGCAAUUAUUUCUAAAUAAAAAUUACUUUUUAUUAACGUUUUUCGUUAGCGGCGUUAUGGGUGUAAUCUGUUUUCCUGCUUAAUCGUCGCUAGUUGACUCCACGUUCUCCGUCUGCAAAUUCUUGAAAGUGGACACCGGCACGUAUGUCACCAGGGUGUACAGUUUGUUGGGUGAGUCCUCAUCGUCGUUGCGGCGACGGGCAAGACGCACACGAACGCGGAAUGGCGUCGAUCUGGUUGAAAACACAAAUGUUAUUUUCGGGGUAUAAGAGGGGAUAGUUCGUGAGAUAUUUACCUGAUACCCUUGGACCAGAUGUGCUUGUUGAGGCGGGUGUCGAUGCGAACAUCGUUGGUGCCCAUCUCACGCUCGGCAAACUUGCGGAUCUCCUUGAUGGCGCGGGGCGCACGCUUCUUGAAGCCAAUGUUGUGCACACGCUUGGCCAAGUGAAUUGUGCACUCGCGGGUGACGACUUCGUUGAUCGCCGACUUGUUGCGUUUCUCACCCUUUGUCUUUGCCAUUUCGCUAGUGCAAAUUCAAUAUCCU